AUGACGAUGAACCCCAGCCGUCGAUUCCUCGCUGGAGCUUCGGCGUCCGCUCGAGCCCUAUCCACGGCGACGAAAGCAACGACCGAGGCUGGGCUGCCCGAGGACCGUUUGUACCGGAGAUUAUCUGCACUGGGGAACAAGAAAGGUACUGUCGCGAGCACUAUAAAUGAGUACAUUAGAGAGGGACGACCUGUCGGAAAGUUUCAGCUCGACGCCUGCCUUAGGGAACUCCGAAAAUACAAAAGAUACGGCCACGCUCUCGAGAUAAUGGAAUGGAUGGAAAGUCGAAAAUACUCAUUGGGGAACAAAGACCACGCUGUACGAUUGGAUCUAAUCGCGAAAGCCAAAGGCAUAACCGCAGCCGAGAUUUUUUUCAAUGGUCUCCCGCCAUCUGCUCAGGUCCACUGUACUUACGGCGCUCUCCUGAACUGCUACUGUGAACAAAAAAUGACCGAAAAAGCGCUCGAAGUGUUUUCAACAAUGCAAAGUGGAAAAAUGAUAAUCCGACCUCUGCCCUACAACAAUCUCAUGGCUAUGUACAUAAGAUUAGGGCAGCCCGAGAAGGCAGUUUCUCUUGGUGAAGAAUUGAAAAAUAAUAAUAUUCAGCCCGACACGUUCACUUACAACCUAUUCAUGAACGCGUACGCUUCCAUGGACGAUUUCGAGAGUGUCGAGCGAGUUUUUGACGAGAUGAUGCAGAAGAAUGAAAAGCAGUGUAAUUGGACAAGUUACAGUAACUUGGCUAUCCUGUACACUAAAGGCGGGUACCGGGAGAAAGCUGAGCUGGCGCUGAGAAAUCUCGAGAAGGUAAUGGGGCCGAACGAUCGGGAGGCGUAUCAUUUCUUGAUAAGCUUGUAUGCGGGAAUUCACGAUCUUCACAAUGUUCAUCGUGUUUGGAAGGAUUUGAAGUCGAAGAUGAAUAUGGUGACUAACAAGAGCUAUCUCAUGAUGCUUCAUGCUCUUAGGAAUCUGAAAGAUGUGAGUGGCGUGAAAAAAUGUUAUGAGGAGUGGGAGUCUAAUUGCCCGACUUUUGAUGUUAGGCUGUCGAAUACGGCAAUUGGGGCUUUAUUGGAUCACGAUAUGAUUGAAGAGGCUGAGACUGUGCUCGGGAAUGCGAUUGGUAAAACUGAAGGUCCGUUUUUUAGAACUUGGGAGAUGUUUAUUGUUUAUUUUCUGAAUAAAAAUCAGGUGAAGAAGAGUUUGGAGAUCAUGAAGACUGUCAUAUUGAAAGUUCGGGAGAAAGAAUGGUGUCCUAAGCAAGAAACGGUGGAGAAAUUUGUCGAGCUUCUCGAGCAGGAGAAUGAUGUGAGUGGCAUUGAAGAUUUAUACGAGUGCAUGAAGAAAAUAAACUGCGUUGAUCACAAAUUGUACGUGUCGUUGCUCAAGAUUUGUGUUGCGGCUGGGAAAAAAUUGCCCGGUAUUCAUCAGAGGAUUGAAGGGGAUGGGGUUCAAAUUAGCAGUGAGCUCAAACACUUGCUUGAAAGUGUUUGA